AUGAAGAAGGUCCUUAGUCUCCUUCCUCUAGCCCUUGUCAUACCAGCAAUCCUCGCAGCGCCAGCCGAGGACACACAAGUCGUUCUUGGUGGGACUAGCCAUGUUCAGAGCGGUCUCUUCCCCCUACCGGAUGCCGAGAGUGUGCAUCAAUGGUUUGAAAAUGGGAAGGAGUUCAUCAAGCAACACGGCUUAACCUAUGAGCUGGUUCAGCACCCUCAUUUCAGUGAUUAUAAGCUCAGGGUCACGGAGCCCAAGCUUUGUGACCCUUCGGUGAAACAGUACUCCGGUUACCUUGAUAUUACCGAUGAUAAGCACCUGUUCUUCUGGUUCUUUGAGUCACGCACCUCUCCCGAAGAUGCGCCCCUUGUAAUGUGGCUUAACGGCGGCCCAGGAUGUAGCUCGUCUACUGGCCUUCUGUUCGAGCUUGGUCCCUGUAACAUCGCCGACGAAGGCGCCAACACGACGUUUAACCCCCACAGCUGGAAUACUCACGCGAACAUCAUCUUCCUUGACCAACCUAUUAACGUUGGAUAUUCGUACUCUGAAGAUGGCAGUACCGUCGACUCGAGUCCUGUUGCUGGAAAGGAUGUUUAUGCCUUCAUGGAACUCUUCCUCAGCCGCUUCCCCGAGUACUCUUCUCAACCUUUCCAUCUCGCCGCCGAGAGUUAUGGUGGCACCUAUGUUCCGAACAUUGCAAAUGUCAUCUACACCGAGAAUCAACAGCUUCCUCUUUCGCCCGAUGCUAGACUUAUCAAGAUCAACCUCGCCUCUGUUAUGAUAGGCAAUGGAAUGACCGACAACUACGUCCAAAUGGCAUCGAUACCCGACUAUCUCUGCGAAGGACCGUACCCGAUCUAUGAUGACCCCGAUGGUGCACAAUGCGCUGCCUUGAGGACCAAAGUGCCUACCUGCCAGAGGCUGAUUCAAUCUUGUCGUAGUUUUAACUCUCGCUUAACCUGCGUACCUGCUGCAUUGUAUUGCAACUCUCAGCUUUACGCUCCCAUCCAACAGUCCGGCCUCAACCCUUACGAUGCGCGUAUUAAAUGCGAUCGUGAGAAAGAUGGUCCUCUAUGCUACCGUCAGAUGGGUUGGAUUGAGACUUAUAUGAACGAUCCUGAGGUCAAAGCUGCUCUUGGUGUGAAUCCGCAGCGCGAUUUCGAGUCCUGUAACAUGGCUGUCAAUCAGGCGUUUAUGCUUCAGGGUGACUCGAUGCAUAAUACACCGCUAUUACUGACAGAUAUGAUCAAUGAUGGCGUCAGGCUCUUGAUCUAUGCUGGUAAUGCGGAUAUGAUGUGCAAUUACAUGGGAAACGAACGCUGGGUUGAGCAACUUGACACUAUCUUCUCGGAGGAGUUCUCUACCGCUGCGACUGAGCAGUGGGUAACAAUACGUUCUGGAAAGGUCGCUGGUACUGUCCGGUCUGCCGGUGGCGGUGGUUCUGGCGCUGGAAACGUAACCUUCGUUACCGUUUACGAAUCUGGGCACAUGGUUCCUUAUGACCAACCUGAAGCCGCCUUGGAUAUGAUGACGAGGUGGAUCUUGGACAUCCCGCUCACGCUCGAUAUCACGGAGGCAGCGCCUCUCAUGCCCUUCGGAGGAAUAUAAAUCGAACGUCCAUCUCAGACAACCUAAGGCGCCUUGUAUUAUUAGAUAAUGGGCCUUACUUAUCGCACUCAUGUGCACUUGACACUAGAGCCCAAUUGGGCUGUUGCGACUUUCUCACUGCAUCACCGUGACACGUUGUAUCGAAUGUUCGUCUAGAACGUCAUUUCAAUUGAUUCAACCUGCUCCUCAUGUUUCGGUUAUGAGAACCAACCCCUGCUUUCAAC